UCCAGUCAGACCGAGUCCAGGGGCCGGGACAGCACUCUCUGUGUUCAGGAUGUUUUCCCGGAACUCUUGUUCAGUUUCUGGAUAUCAUCUGGUGGAGCGUAACCGCUGACUUUGGAAAUAACCUUUGUUUGGGAAACUUUAGCGGCUCCGUAGCUAAUGAAGAAUAGCUAGUUAAGCGAACCGUGGCGAAGAUUAGCUAACUAAGCUAACAACCAUUUUCAAUGAGAGGAGGAGAGAGUGUUACUCUGCAGGGUUUGUUUGAACCCACAGACUACAUUUAGCUGUUUGACAAUGGUUUAGGUCUCCACAGCCACCUUGCGUUGUAUUGGACCUGUAUAUAUUGUUUAAAGGCUGCUAUAGAGUGUUGCAACAUGGAUAGUAAUAAGCAUAAUUUGUUUUGGGGAUUGAGAUCUGCGCUGCUAUCAGUUGCCAGAUAUUGCCUUCAUUGAUUUCGCCGCUCCCUGACCAAAUAAAUACUAUGAGGUUGCCAGGAAAUUUCUCAGAGGAGGUGUGUUAAGCUGUGAUCAUCGUUUUCAUUCGCAAAGAAUGUCCGACUUGGAAAGUUCAUAUUUUGGUUUAGAGGAUCCGCAGUGGCUAUGCAUGGUCACACUAUUCAUCGCAUCCCUGGUUACUCUGAUACUGUAUUUCAUACAGUAUUUCCAACAAAGGGGUGUAGGAAAUCAGCAGAGAACGGCAGAGGACAAUGCGGCGAAGGAGGAAGCCGCCGCUCUGCUGGAAUGGGCGCUGUCACUGAAAAGCUGGAAAAGUCAGUGGAGAGGAGCCUGGUGCAGGGCUUUGAACGACGAAUCAAGGAAGCGUGGGGAUGCUGUCCUGUUGACAUUUGAAGAGAAUGGUCUUGAGGCAUCAGAGCUCACGGUCAGCCGUGUGUCCAGCUUUCAAAAGUCUGCCAGGAACCAGGCCGCUUGCUGCAGUGUGGUUGGGGAAAAGCUUCAGUUCUCUCUCAGUGCAACAAUGACAGCCAUGGCUACAGCAGAUCCUUGUAAAUACACAGUCUGUAUAUCUCCACUGGAGCUGCAGCUUGAUCUACAAAUGCAAGAAGCUGAAGAUGAGGUCAAAGUGAACUGGACAGUGUCUCACCUGGAAACAGGGGAGCUGCAGGUGACGCCCACCUUCACCCAGGACAAUGACAACACCAGUGUAGCAGCCAUAAAGGAGCAGCUGAGGCAGCUGUUAUGUGUGACGCGUCCCUCUGUGUUACUGAGCUGCAGGCCUGCUCAGGCCUCAGAGGUCAAGGAAGCCCAAAACAAAGCGGUUUCACCUCCAAAACCCCCCCGUGCCCACGACUGGAAGCUGCUGGUGAAAAACAUCCGGGUGACGCUCAAUCAGGAGGAGGAUGCUGCAGGCAGCAUGAAUCCUCUGUGUGUGCUGCAAUUGGAUGAUCCUCCACAGAAGUUUAACACCUCUGUCUUGAAAAACACAACUAAUCUUGCCUGGGACCAGCCGUUUAUCUUUGAAUUGAAUGGACGAUCAAAAGAGCUCAGUAUUCAGUUGAUGAAUGAUGGACAACCUCAAGAGAAGUCCUUACUCGGUCAGUUGUCAGUGCCUUUUGAUCUUGUAAAGAAGCAGCCCAAAGGACAGCAAACAUUUGCACUCAUGACCAAAGAUAUGGUGACCGGAUCACUUACUACUGACUUUACCUACCUGGAGCCCAGCGAGGUGAGGUCCUGGCAUCCUCCAACCCCAGCCUCCAAUAAGAGGGUGGAGAUGGACCGUACAGUCAUGCCCUGUGGCACAGUGGUCACCACCAUCACGGCAGUGAAGAGCAAGCCAGGUCGACCACUCCCACAAGGACUCAAUAUAGAUCCUGCCCAGAAAGCUGUGACCAACAAGCCCAAGCUGUCUGAGCGGCGUGUUUCAGAGCAGGCCUCUAUGUUGGGCACCACGGUCAGCAAGGCCCUGUCCUCCUCUGACACCGAGCUGCUGAUGCUCAAUGGCACAGACCCGGUGGCCGAGGCCGCCAUCAGACAGCUCCACCAGUCUGCCAAGCAGAAGCUCAAGUCCCCAGUGAAGAAGAGUACCAUCAUCAUCUCUGGCAUUGCCAAAACACCCUUGUCUCAGGAUGAUGAGCUAGCUCUGAUGGUGGGCUAUGCUGCAGCAAUGGAUGCCUCGAUGUCAGAGGGCAGCUCCACUCAGGAUGUGACCACAGCAAUUGCAUCUGGGACCAGUACCGUUCCAGACACAUCAGAGCCGCAGGAAGGCCCCAGCGGAAUCGGCCGGCCUCCAGAGGACUGGGAGAGCCAGACGGGGGAGGAGCUAGACCAUACCUCACUAUCCAUGUGUGUGUCUGAGGUGAACUGCAAGAAGAGCAGAGGCAGCUUCCUACAGAAGAGUGCCAAGCUCUUCUUCCGGCGGCGUCACCAGCGCAAGGACCCGGGGAUGAGCCAGUCCCACAAUGACCUGGUUUACCUGGAGUCUCCAGCCGCGGUGGAGCGGGCCAGCCGAACAGCCACGCUUAGCCGAAUGCUCAACCGCAAGAGUAAGAGUAAGAGCAAAGCCAACGGCUCUACCUCCAUGGGGGAGCCACUUGCGUGACCCCCAGCCCCCCCUUUCUCACCUCAGUCCCUCCCACAACAACUACCAUCUCUGCCUCCACCUCAAACUUGCACUGGCAAACCUCCUGGCUAACCUACUCCCCCUAAUGCCCAACUUGCAUACUGGGGCCCCUGUAUUGUGAAUGGGAGAGCUGCACAAAUGGAAAAAAUAUCCUCUUUUAUUGCCAUAUCCUGCUUAAGUGCUUCCUAUAAGAAGCAGACAUUCCACUAAAGGCAAGUGUGUGCAUGUGUGGAUGAAGGUAUCCUGUCCUGGAUUGAUGGCAUUUCAGAGGAUAUUAUUUUGCAUGUUUCUUUUAUUUGAUUUUAUGCAACAUUUCUGAAAAAUCUUUAAGUGCUUUUAUGGCCUUUGUGAUGGACAGAAGGGACUGGUGUAGGCCGUCGCUCUCACUGAGGGUAAAAGGGUAAACUCUCCCUGCUUGUAAACCGUAUACUUUCCUACGGUGGACCAACAGGACCAAAGAAGAAGAGCAGAGUGGUAUUUGUAUGAUUUGCACAAUGUUAGUACCUUUAUUUAAAGUGCAAUGACAGGAGCUACUCUUGUGAUAGAGACUCUUCUGUAGUUCUGAGUCAUGUUGAAAACAUUCACAAAGGGAGAAGAUCUUUUCACUGCACAACUAGUGCAAAUGGGAGAUAGUAAUAUGACUACUUUUUGACACUAAAAAUAUGAAAUAUGAUAUUUAAAUCAAGCAUCAACAUUUUUUUUAUUCACUUAAAAUACUUGUAAUUUUAUUCCUGAUAAAUAAUAAACAGCUACAUGUAACAUGCAUAUAAAAGCUGUACUACAAAGCUAUCCAGAAAAAAAGCAAGCCUUAUGUUUAGCAAAGAUAUCAAGUUAGUUGUGAUUGGCUUGUACAGAGGUCAUGUUAUCAUGCACCACCAGCUAUGAAAAUAAAUUAACACCCUUCAAAAAAGAAACAGUGACACUGAGGCUAACAUGAAACUUUAGCUAUGUAUGAGCAUUUUAUGUUCACUCCUCUGUGCAGUGUUUUUUAAAUUAUAUGCAACUUUCUUCUUUGUCUUCCCUAAAGAUCCCUCCUGUACACUACUAUUAUCAGCAGGACUGUUAAUGUGUCUAAAGGGAACGGAAUGAACCUUUAUCCAGGGACUGUGAUGUUAGACUCAGCCAUCCUUGUCGCAUCACACACUAAUGAAACUUCUAUGCUCAUAUCGAUCCUGCAUUUCAUCUGAAUGAAAUCCUCAAUCUUUCAUUUAAUGUUUUAUUGUUUUGUUUUUUUAAAGAUGUAGCUUUGAACACAUGAACAAGAGAACAUGUGAAUAUGUUUGGGAGCAACCAAAUUGUUUGGCUGCUUUUUUUUUUUUAAUCCAGCUCAUGAUUGUAUUUUUUUUCUUUUUGCUGAAGACAUUUCUGUAUAUCAUGUUAACUACUGUCUCUUCAGGAAGUUACUGCUCAGAGAAUUGAUGCAGCACAGUGACAGAACAGACUGCCUUACAGAUAUUCUGAGGAUGUUGUCACAGUCAGCUGGUCGAGGCUUGUUCCUUGACUCAAUGUGAUUUUUUUUUUUUUUUUUCCCCCCGGGGCUGCAUCCACCAUCAGACCAGAGAACUGAAGGACUGUAGCACGCUGUUGGAAUGGCUCUGAGUGACGAGCGUGCCACCGUGUUCCUGCAACAUCGGCAGUGUCUAUAAUCAAGAAGCCUAUGCACAUAUCUGUUAACUGAGUGUUCUCAUUAUUAGACUACCUGAGAUUUAAAAACACUUACUUACUGUUGGUGACAGGGCUCUGCAGAUACAGUGUGGGUUGUCUUCGUGUCUGAGUAUUCACAUGGUUGAGCUAUGAUCCCUCCUCAUCACCUGCUCUCUUCCACCAUCAUUGACUACAGUCUGUUGUUAAAAAAUAGUCAAAAGCAAAGAUUCAGACUGAAUAAAAUCCUCUAACCAUAAAA